GUGUGGUACUAUUAUAUAGUCAUAAAUAGAGAAUUGGAAGAGAGGCAAAGAGGUGUUUUGUGUUGCUUAAUUUUCUCUCUUUCAGAUCUUGAAAUUGUAAAAAAAAAAAAAAUUGAAGAAGAAGAAGAAAGGAUAAUAGAUAAAUUGAAUUUUGGUUGCAAUGUCGGUGGUAUCGCCAUUAGCAAAGUACAAGCUGGUGUUUUUGGGAGAUCAAUCUGUGGGCAAAACCAGCAUCAUUACUCGCUUUAUGUACGAUAAAUUCGACACCACUUAUCAGGCUACCAUUGGUAUUGAUUUUUUAUCAAAGACAAUGUACCUUGAAGAUCGAACAGUUCGCCUGCAGCUCUGGGAUACUGCUGGUCAAGAAAGAUUUAGAAGCCUUAUUCCAAGCUACAUUAGAGAUUCUUCUGUUGCUGUAAUUGUAUAUGAUGUUGCCAAUCGCCAAUCAUUUCUCAACACUUCAAAGUGGAUCGAAGAAGUACGCACUGAACGAGGCAGUGAUGUCGUUAUUGUUCUUGUUGGGAACAAAACUGAUCUUGUAGAAAAAAGGCAAGUUUCCACAGAAGAAGGAGAUGCUAAAUCUCUUGAAUUUGGAGUAAUGUAUGUAGAAACCAGUGCUAAAGCUGGAUUCAAUAUCAAGCCUCUGUUCCGAAAGAUUGCUGCAGCCUUACCGGGGAUGGAAACACUUUCAUCCACAAAACAGGAAGAUAUGGUUGAUGUUAAUUUGAAGCCUACCACAAAUACAUUCCAUACAGAGAAGCAAGGGGGAGGUUGUGCAUGUUAGAUUUGUACUUAAAAGAGGAAGAGGAAGACCGAGAAGUUGGAAACACACAAAGACACAGUUGCAUCCAGUUAUUAGGGUGCGGAUUUCUUAGUUUGACAUUUGUAACAUGGAUUUUCCUUCAUGAUGUACAAUAAUUUGUUAAGACUUCAUCAAGGAGGUAGCUGAUUACAGGCUUCUACGAAACUUCUUGUGUGUAUAUGUGAUGGUUCCUAAGUAACUACUAGUUCAGAAACCAUUUAUUCCGGAUCGAUCUCCUUGUUGAAUAUAUAAUGAGAUGCCAUACGUAUUUCACAUUCAUUUUAGUUUGUUGCACCACCUAUUGUUUAUUGAUACACCAAUUACUUA